GCAUUCUCCGCCAAUGAGAGCGAUAUUCCCCUCCUCGCCCCGUCCCUGAACGGUGCUGGUGUUUCUCCCCGCACCCGCCGGAAGUGUGAUGUGGCCGUGAGCGCGUCGCCAUGUCUGCCAUCUUCAACUUUCAGAGUCUGCUGACUGUAAUCUUGCUCCUCAUAUGUACCUGUGCCUAUAUCAGAUCCUUGGCUCCCAGCUUACUGGACAAAAAUAAAACUGGACUAUUGGGAAUAUUCUGGAAAUGCGCCAGGAUUGGUGAACGAAAGAGCCCCUACGUAGCUGUGUGCUGUGUGGUGAUGGCCUUCAGCAUUCUGUUUGUACAAUAGUAACUGGAGGUUGUCCCCUACACCCUGCUACCAAACAGCAAAGCAUGGAAGAGCUUCCAGCACGAAAAAAUUGAGAAGCAUCAUCAACUCUCCUCCCACACAUUGGAUAGCUGGUCUCUUGGUGAUCAUAAUGUAACUAACUCCAGUAUGAUACAUAGAUAAUAACGUCAUGUCCGUAUUGACACUGCUGAUGUAACUGUUAAAAAAUGUCUGUUGUGUUUCUGAGUUCCACAAGAAUAUAUUUUGUACCAUGAAGUUGAAAAGGCUUUUAAUGUUUUUGUUUGAGAGACCUGUUUAAUUAAAUUUAACAAUUAAACAUCUGGCAAUAGAACCACUCUUAUGAGAAUGAAGAACAUUGUAGGCUAUGUUUACUGAGUGUUUUCAGUUCUUAAUGUCUGAACAAUUCCUGUGGUAUUGUGAUAGAUACGAUCACAUGCUUAAAAUAGAUCUCUUAAAUGUUUAAAUCACAUUCAGUGUUCAUUUUCUAAUCUUGUAGUUUCUUAAUCUAUCAAUAUUUUUGUUGUUAAGAUAAAAUAUAAAUAAGGAUGGGGAUCAUUAAUAGUGGUGAUGUCUAACUAUCUGCUGAGAACACACAAAUGUGGGAUUUGAAAACCAGGACUACUCUGUAAAAAAAAAAAAUAUAUAUAUAUACGUAUAUAUAUAUAUAUCUUUAGAGAUUGAGCUCACAGGAAAAUAAUUCCCUUUUUAUUUUUUUUUUCAGAAAGAUUCUAGUGGCUCUACUGCUGUUGUUGAAGCAUUUAAUACAAUGUUGUUAAAUCAAUUGAGGGAAUAGUUAGCUUCUCAGUAGUCCAGAGAUAGGAAAGUUGUAUGUCCCAGUGUUCUAAACGUUUAAAAAAAGAAAAAAGAAAAAAAAGAAAUUACACUCACUAUUAGUAAAAAUUAGAUAAACCUCAUUAUUAUUUGCCAUUAGUGUUCAUUCUAGUUUUUCAAACUUCUAGAAAUCUAGUAACUUAUUUCAAUAGUGUCAAUGAAGUGUAUUUAUACCAGACAGCUAUAUUACUUCAUAAUGACUGCAUUUGAGAGAGUUAUCUGUCAGCAGUAUUUUGGGUUGUUCUGAAAACAUACGUGAUCAGAAUGAGCUUAGCCAGCAAUAAAACAAUCUGAACGGUAUGUACCUGUUGUCAUUCUUAUUGAAACUCUUGCUUCAUAGAUUGAAAUCACCCUGGACUAGGAAAGGAAGUGAUUGUUAGUGAUUAGCUUUGUAUUAUCCCAUGUAUACCUGCAUAUCUAAAUCAUCAUCACAAAUACUUAGUUGUUCAAAGCUGUUUUCUAAUCAGCAGACAGGAAAAGUAGCUUUUUCCAAUUUAGGGCAAAUAAAAAGCAUUGGCUGUAAAACCUGCAGGGUCAGAGGAGUACAGAGCUGUGUGAUGUUGAUGACCAUGGUGUCACAUGGUCAUCACAACAUACAGGCCUUAAACCAGGCAGGAGGUCUAUGGAACAGUCAAGUCCAUUUGUUUAAAUGUGGGUACUGCUCCAAACAUGGCAUUAAAGCACCAACGGAACUCAUUUCUGUGUAUUGAAAGUGCCAUUCCUAGACUGGGGGUGAGGGAAGCUCCUAAGGAGACUUGGGUUUUGACUCCGGUAUGUACAUGUUCAAAAUAUGCUACGGAUCACUUGGUAACUUUUAUAUUAAGUGAGUGUAUUCUGGUUUUUAACAUUUGUUGGACUUUAUGAUAAAUAAUGGUGUUUGUAGAGUACACAUCUCCAGUGCAUCUGUCAAAAGCUGUCCGAGUUGUCAGAUUAAUUCUUAAUAACAUCUGUGUUUACCUGUGUUUAGAAAUACUAUUGAAGCAACCCUGGUAAUUUUUUUAAGCCUUGAGAAUCCAAAAAGCAUUGACAGAGCACUGUAUUGCUAAAGCCUAUUCUUGUUCGUUGCGUUUUUGUUGAAGAAGUUCAAAUAAAUAGGCCUCUUCAUGUUUGUCA